UGUGUGUGUUAAAGUGUGUAUUAAAGUGUGUGUGUGUGUGUGUGUGUGUGCGUGCUGGAUCCGGAGCUGCCAGCUGGACUCUGAGUGUCUCAGCGGCUCGGAGCGCUCAGCGUGGCCGCACUGUGAUGCACCUCCGGCGGCUCUGAAGGAGAAGAAGAACACGUUUUGAUCAGGUGAUGGACGCAGAGAGCGGCGACCUGUUCCUCGGCGUGGCGGCGGCCGACAGCUGGCAGCUCGACGCUCCCUUCCCGAGCCCGGAGCUCGUCUUCAGCGGCUCCGAGAAACCCCUGCAGGACUGGGCGGUGGACCCAUGCUGCACGCUGAACGACAGCGAGUCAGAGGACGUCCUGCACGCCGUCGACCCCAACGAGGUGUUCCCCAGCGGGCCGCCGGCCGACUCCUCGUCCGAGAGCGACAGCGGCAUCUCCGAGGACCCCGUGGUGGAGAGUCCCGGGGUCCAGAGCCCCGCGGCGACCACCCGGCCGACCCCGGCCACCAUCUACCAGGUGGUUUAUGACAUCAGCGGCCUCGGCGGCGUGAAGACCGAACCGGGACAAGAGAACGUCAUCUCCAUAGAGCUCGACGAGUGGAGCUCUCAGGUUUUGUUUACAGACUCGUGCGUCGUCAACGAGCUGCCGCUGGUCUCGGCGGCGCGUCUCAAUGGCGGUUUGAGCGGCGGCGACCCUCUCAGCCCCGACGGCGACCUGCUUUACCCGGAGCUGCAGCUCACCGAGGAGGAGCAGAAGCUGCUGACGCAGGAAGGAGUUUCUCUGCCCAACAACCUCCCGCUCACCAAGGCGGAGGAGAGAAUCCUGAAGAGAGUCCGGAGGAAGAUCAGGAACAAACAGUCGGCUCAAGACAGCCGGAGGAGGAGGAAGGAUUACAUCGACGGGCUGGAGAGCAGGGCAGCAGCUUGCUCGGCUCAGAACAAGGAGCUGCAGAGAACCGUGGAGCAGCUGGAGAAACGCAACAUGUCUCUGCUGACUCAGCUCAGACAACUUCAGUCUCUCAUCAAACAGACGGUCAGCAAAGGAGCCCAGACCAGCACCUGCUUACUGAUCAUCCUGGUCUCUCUGGGUCUCAUCAUCAUGCCGAGCUUCAGCCCGUUCAGACGGAACUCGUCUACAGACGACGACUACAGACCGACAGGAGUUAUUUCCAGAAACAUCCUGACGGACCCGUCGACAGGAAACGACGCCGGCGGUCCAGCCGUGCAGCCGGACGCCUCGACCCCGCCCUCUGGAGCUCCGGAUGCUGCUGCCGCCACCGCCGCCGUCUCCCAGGAACCAAUAGAAACCCCUGAAGACACAGGCCAGGAGGACAGCCAAUCAGGGAACAGCUCGGCUCUGGUCGCCGGGCAGACUGAGCCGCUGGCGCUCGAUCUGAGGUCGACGGCGGGGAAAGGAAGCCGCGAUCCCGUCAAACCUGCACACGCUGACGAGAUGUAGACGACUUUAAUAAUCAACAUCAGACGCUAUGAAUAAUCCCCGCCAAAAUAAAAGCAUGCUGGUUGUCUUUGGAGCAGCAACACGAGGCGAGAUCAGAGAGCGACUCUCUUAGAACCAAUAAUCAGUUCACCAAAAAAUGAAAAAUGUGCUUUUAUUUAGCCCCAAAAAAAACUAAAGAGAUUUCCUUCGUCUCCUUCACCGUGGUGCAGCAUCAGACCUAAAUUAUUGAUUAUAAUAAAUAUAAUAAAAUAAAUCUGCAUCCAGUUAGAAAAGUAAGAAAUGCAGAGAAAGCUCUGACUCUUAACGAACUUAACUGAAUAACACGUUGGCACUUAAUUGAUUGAAGUGGAAAGGAAAUCAAAAAUGAAAGUCAUUAAUAGUUGCAGCUUCAUGACGUUGGUUUAACUUUUUAUGUUUUUAUUUCUGCAGCAGAAUUCUCUCUGAACAUAAUAUUUAAAGGCGAAUAUUUCUCAAGGGGAUUUAACGGGCUGGUGGCAGGUCUUACAUGUUUUCACGUUGAGCGGAUAAUAAUAAUAUAUAUGGGUUUUUUUUACUGUCAAACAGAUUUUUAAGGGCUUUUUUAUUUGCGUUUUCCAGUCAGAAGUUGCUUUGCUUCUCAGCUUUUGUGGCCUUUUUCUCGCCUUGUGGUUAAAAAGCAAAGUCGUGGGAAUUUAAUCAUAUUUAAUCAGAAACUCUAAAGGCGAGACACUAACAGGA